AUGGCUCUAUCUUCAAUUUUUGGCGGUGCUUCUCCAUCGCAGCAGCAAACUGCAACAGGAACCGGCUCUUCGUCGAAGGUGGCCAGCAUAAAAGAUCAAUUGAAGACCCAAAUCGGCCAGGAACUAGCUGUUGCUAACGCCAGUGAGCUAGUGAAUAAAGUUACCGAAAACUGCUUUGAAAAAUGUCUAAGCAGUCCCUAUUCUAACCCAGAAGAAGGCUGCGUCGAUCAAUGCUUGGCCAAGUACAUGAGAAGCUGGAAUGUUGUGUCCAAGGCUUACGUUGCCAGAAUCCAACAGGCCUCCACUUCCGGUGAAAUCUGA